UAGUUUAAUCCUACACUCGUUUUUUCCUAUUCUGAAUCGCGGAAGUGGAUCCACUGUGUUUUGUUUGUGCAGUACGUGGUACAGAUGCAGUCUGUUUGUAGUGUAUUUACCGUGAGACGAGGGUAAUAAAAUACAAAUAAGACGAUAAGAAAGCUCUUGGAAACAGACUGAAACAUGGAGGACGACGCUCCUGUUAUUUAUGGACUCGAAUUCCAGGCACGAGCACUUACAGCCCAGACAGCUGAAACUGAUUCCAUCCGUUUCCUUGUAGGCACACAGUCACUGAAAUUUGACAACCAGAUCCACAUCAUUGACUUUGAUGAUGAAAAUAACAUCAUUAAUAAGAAUGUCCUUCUGCACCAAGCUGGGGAGAUAUGGCACAUUGGUGCCAGUCCUGCCGAUAAGGCUGUGCUUACCACCUGCUAUAACAAAACCAGUGACAGCAGGGUGGUGUCCUGUGCGGCAGUUUGGCGGAUGCCCAGCGAUUGGGAGACAGGAAGCCAUGAUUCACCUGACGACUCCGCCCACAACCCCCAGACCUUGGAGCUGCUCUGUCACCUAGACGACAGCCCCCACGGCAACGCUGCCUGCGUGCUGUGGGAGCCCAUGGGGGAUGGCAAGCGUGUGAUUUCAUUGGCUGAUAACCAUGCGCUACUCUGGGACCUGCACGAGAGCUCCACACAGGCCAAGGUCUCCAGCACUGCCACCCUGGAGGGCAAAGGCCAGCUGAAGUUCACCUCGGGCAAGUGGAGCCCCCACCACAACUGCAGCCAGCUCGCCACGGCCAAUGACACGGCCAUACGGGGCUGGGAUCUUCGCACCAUGAGUCAGAUCUACUGUAUCGAGAAUGCCCACGGCCAGCUGGUGCGCGACCUGGACUUCAAUCCCAACCGCCAGUACUACCUGUCAAGCUGCGGAGACGACUGCAAGGUCAAGUUCUGGGACGUCCGCAACGUCCAGGAGCCCGUCAAAACCCUGGAGGAGCACUCUCACUGGGUAUGGAGCGUCCGCUACAACCACAGCCAUGACCAGCUGGUGUUGACAGCAAGCAGUGACAGCCGUCUGAUCCUCUCCAACAUGGUGUCCAUCUCCUCAGAGCCUUUCGGACACUUGGUGGACGAUGAGGAGCUCAGCGAGGGGGAGGAGAACCACCAGGAGGACAAGGGUAAGGAGCCCCUGAAGGACAGCGUGGUGUCUACCUACGAGGAACAUGAAGACAGCGUGUAUGCUGCGGAGUGGUCAUCAGCAGACCCCUGGCUCUUCGCCUCGCUCAGCUACGAUGGCCGCCUCGUCAUCAACAGGGUCCCCCGUGCCCUCAAGUACCGCAUCCUGCUCUGAGUAGUGACACAUCUGUACACGUGUGAUGCGGCAAGAAGCUUAAGAAAUGACAUUCCAUUAUAACUUGGCACAGUAAGUGCGCUGUGAAGACACUGCAUGUGCUCUUAAGGGCAGCAAUGGUAAAAAGCGUCUGUGUGUGUGUGUGUGUGUGUGUGAGAUGUAAAUACACUGUAGCCCAUAUGGUUCAAUGAUAACUGUUAACAAUAAAAUAUAAAUCAAAGUUUAAAAAAAAUCUGUACUUUUUCUUUUCCUCAUGGCAUAAUUCCAUAAGGUCUAGAAUAAAGGUUAAAAUAUUA